CCGGCUCGACAAGAUGGGCAAAGGAACAGAUAAACUAUACAUCACCCACUCCGAGUGGUCGUCCUCGGACGCGUACGGCGCCAGUACCGGCGCCAAUGCCGGUGCGCGUGCCCAGCGGCGCGGUGCCAACUUCAAGAAACUUCCCUUCAACUUCUGCGCCGCUAGUCUCCAACCCUUCAAGAACCCCGUCUGCACCCCCGACGGCACCAUCUUCGACGUCGAAGUCAUCGGCUCAUGGCUCGAAAAACACAAGACGAAUCCCGUCACCGGCGAGCCGCUCUCCGCCAAGGAUCUGAUCAAGCUCAACUUUGCCCGCAAUGGCGACACCACCGACUCGGACGAGAACAAGGGCGACCUGAUCGAUCCCGUCACCUUCAAGGUCUUCACCGACAACACCCACAUUGUCGCCAUUCGCCAUGGCUCUUACGCGAACGUCUUUGCCUGGGAAACUGUCGAGCGCAUGAACAUCAAGCCCAAGAUGUGGCGCGACCUAGUCGACGAUGAAGAGUUCGGCCGCAGGGACAUCAUCACCCUCCAAGAUCCCCAGAACGUCUCCGCCAGCCGCGACCUCAGCCAGUUCAAAUACCUCCAAGACGGCCAGGACGCCAUUCUCACCAAAGAACAGGAAGAAGAGCGCAAGGGCGGCAGCGUCAACAUCGAAGCCCUCGGCCGCGUAGGCGAGAAGGUGCUCCGCGCCAAGGAAGCCGUCGAGCGCGCCCGCGCAGCCCGACAAGCCGGCGGCGCCGACGUCAACCGUCUCACCCAAGCCCUUACCACCACUUCCACCAACAAUAACAAAACAGCCAUCGCCCGCGGCCAAUCCCUAAUCCAAGAGCGCAAACGCCCCGCCAACGCAGCGACCUACACAACCGGCCUAACCGCCGCAUCCUUCACCUCGACCGGUCUGACCCCCUCCACCUCCGGCUCCCUCGCCCUCUUAUCCGACGAGCAAUACCUCCUCAAACCCUCCCACCGCAUCAAGAACAAAGGCUACGUCCGCAUGGAAACCAAUCUGGGCCCGCUCACCCUCGAAUUCCUCCCCGAAUUCGCCCCCAAAGCCGUCUGGAACUUCCUCCGCCUCUCUGAAAAGGGCUACUACCGCGACGUCGCCUUCCACCGUUCCAUCCGCAACUUUAUGAUCCAGGGCGGCGACCCCUCCGGCACCGGCCGGGGCGGUAGUUCCAUCUGGGGCAAGAAUUUCGAGGAUGAAUUCGAAGGGCCCAACACGCAUUCCGCCCGCGGAAUCGUAUCCAUGGCCAACAAGGGCAAAAACACAAACUCGUCCCAGUUCUUCAUCACCUACCGCCCCGCCUCCCACCUGGACAGGAAACACACCAUCUUUGCCAAAGUGAUCGAGGGGCAAGACACGACGCUGACGGCCAUGGAGAAUGUGGCUACCGAUGGAUCGGAUCGACCGUUGAACAAAAUUGUGAUUAAGGAUAUAAUCAUCCUAAUUGAUCCGUUUGCGGAGUGGAUGAAGGAGAAGAAAGAGAAGGAAGGGGAGGAGGAAAGGAAACGGGAGGUGGCGAGACAGGGAGGCACAGAGGAUGAUCGGACAACGUGGACGGGGAAGAGGAUAAGAGCUGAUGGGACAAUGGAGGGACAAGGGAUGGGAGAAGGGGGAGGGGGACCCAAAGUGGGCAAGUAUCUGGAUGUGGGGGCUGUGAAGAAGGCUGCUACGACGACAACGACAACGACGAGGAAAGCAGAAGAGGAAGAGGUUGAUACGUGGGAAGAACCCGUGAGGAAAAAGGCCAAGAUGGGAGGGUUUGGGAAUUUCGAUGGAUGGUGA